GAGAGUGUUUUGGAAUCUAUAUGGGGCAAAAAGCCACAUCCAGAACUGGUUCAUCGGUCCAGCUGCUAGUCUAGGGGCUGGAAAACACCACUUUACUAAAAGUACAGAUCGCUGCUUUUAGGGUACGGCAGGAACAACAAAUAGAGGCAACGUGGCAUAUCCUCUAUAGAUAUUUUAUAUACCCUGCAGUAUAAAAUGCUCAGCAGCCAGUGAAGGUGGUUCAACUGAGCGGGAGUGCAACAGAAGAAAAAAGCGGACGGGAGGAUCACUUUAGGAACAAAGAGCAGCGGUGUGGUGACAGUGCGGAGAUCCGCAUAAGGAACAGAUCCGAAAUACCAAAAACUCUGCAAUUAACGCACAACACAUGGAAAGGGACUGCAGCCUGCAUCGAUACCUCGAAGAAAUGCAAUUUCUUGCCCUAUAAGCAACGCCAAGAAAAAGCCACAUCGCCCGCUGCCAGAUUUUACAGCCAGAUUCAGAGACUGGAAAAGGAAGAAAUCCAUUUUUCUCUUGAAACUGGAUUACAGCGCAUAGCGGUCGGACCAGGCUUUUAGAAAUGGGGACGUGUGUCCCUAGGACCUGCAGGGUGCCCCUUCCAUGUUCUGGUCCAGCUACCUCGAUCGGGCCAUCAUGGAUUUGCUGACCACAAAAGGAGCUGUCCUGUAAUAAUGUACCCGCAGCACAGAGAAAGGGAGCAGCCCAUUUUCAGUACCAGGGCGCAUGUCUUCCAGAUUGACCCAGCCACCAAGCGGAACUGGGUCCCCGCCAGCAAGCAUGCUGUCACCGUGUCCUUCUUCUACGACGCCAACAGGAACGUCUAUCGCAUCAUCAGCGUGGGUGGCACCAAGGCCAUUAUCAACAGUACGGUCACGCCCAACAUGACCUUCACCAAAACCUCGCAGAAGUUCGGUCAGUGGGCGGACAGUCGGGCCAACACCGUCUAUGGCCUGGGGUUCGGCACAGAGCAGCAGCUCUACCAGUUCUCUGAGCGCUUCAGGGAGGUGAAGGAGGCGGCGCGGAUGGCACGCGAGAAGUCCCAGGAGAAGUUUGAGCUGAACAACCCCGGCCUCAACAUUGCUGCCCCACAGCUUUCCCAGGACUUUUCCGAGGACCGUGAGACUCCGCCCAUGGUUUCCAUCAAUGGGCCGGGUGACGACAAGCUGUUCCGCAGCAAAAGCGCAGACAUGGAGCUGAGCGCCGAGAAGGAGCGCAUCAGGAAGAUGCUGUCUGAGGGGUCUGUUUGCGAGAUGAACCUGGAGGCAGAGCUCUUCACCCUGCAAGACAGCAACGCCAAGCUGGUGGCUGCUCUGCACGAGGCCAACACCAAUGUGGAGCAGUGGAAGAAGCAGCUGGCUGCCUACCAGGCAGAAACGGAGAGGCUUCGCGACCUGGUGUCGGAGCUGGAGGCUCAGGGCGGACAGCCGCCCCCCAGCGACAUGAUAAAGGAGGAGCUGACCCAGUCCCUGGUGGAGCUGGAAGCCCUGCUCAAAGAAAAAGACGAGGAAAUAAGCAUUUUGCAAAGUAAGAAAUCUGGCAUUCAUCAGCUGGAGAAGGAGCGCGAUGAAGCCAUCCACAGACUGCAGCACCUGGAGAUGCGGAACUUGGAACUGGAACGGCGUGUGGAGAAGGCUGAGCAGGCACUGGCUACAUCCCUGGGGGAGCAGGACCGGACUGAGCAUGAGGUGCGGAGGGUCAUCGACGUCCUCGAUGUCAAGAUCUUUGACCUGAAUGAUUUACGGCAGAGUCUGGCCAAGCUGAUGGAAAAAUAGUCUUCCAUCCCGGGAAUGCCAAGAAAGAAAGAUGGAAGUUAAGGGCUGGUCCAGACUGACAAUGCAAAAGCACAACAAACCUGCACAAGGAAGGAGAGAAGGAUGGAUGGAAGGAUGAAUGUAAGAAAGGCUCUACUCUGGAUACACUGCACUCAUCCAGGCCAAACUUGCCUGUGUGUGACAGCAUCUAAGUGGGACCUUAACAUCGUUUCAGUCGAAAAUGGGAUAUUUUCUCAUCCGUUUAUCUUUCGUGUUACUAUGGCUUCACAGGGCUGGAUAUUAAUGGGCCGUGUAUCUUAUUAAACCUAUCAGUAUUAACACCAGAGAAUAAAGUCAAACAUUUAUCCAAGUUUAGAGUUCAUCAGUGAUUGCACUUAAUACACAAUUGCUAAUCAUAUUAUUAGAAUAAAAGUAUUAUCAUUAUUAUUGAAAGAAUUUUGGCCAGUGCACAGAGACAAUUAUGAUUAUGAUUAUGGUUCCCUGAAUUGGUGGGAAUAAAAUGAAUGUAUGUUGUACAAUCCUGGUUUAAUUCUAAUCUGAUAUCUGCCAUUAGUCAGGGGAAGGUUUGUUCAGGAGGAAGACGCUGUCAGUCUGCCAGAGCAUGGAUAACACAUCCAGCGAGCUUUUCGAUAACACCAGUCUCUCACACGGCCCGUGCACAUCCCUUUCUAAGAUGACUAAUAACAAAUACUUUCAUUAGAAAUUAGGUAAUUUGUUUCAGUGAUUUUAUAUACUUAGUCACCAUGGUAAACUAAAUACAGUCAGGUUACCAUGUCAAUGUUUUUUUUUAACUGUGAUGAUUGACACUAUUUUUAUUGUAAGGGAACCUACACAAGUGUAACAUGCAUGAAUGAGGUAUCAAUUAUUGAAGUCAAAAGAUCAAAUUGCUUGUUGCUUUGUUAUAAUACUGGGUCCUAAUUAUUAGUAUUAUAUUGUAUGUGGUGAGUGAGAUAAGAUUUGUUUUAUGUUUAAUUUAGAAGGACAUGUUUCUCUUAGUUUUUAAAAUACUCUAAAGGUUUCAUUUACAUUUUCUGUUUACAAUUCACUUAAUUUGUCACACAUUACCUGAAACUGAAAUAAAUUGCUUGUUUACAAUUAAUAACAAAGGUACGUCUUUAAACACUUUCACAAAGCACUCUUGCAAUGCCACAAAUUAAAUCUCAGCAUCAGACAGUUAUACUAAAGGGCAAACAGACAAUAAACGCAAUGCUUUCUGCUACUGUAUAUGUUAUUGAUAUGCCAUUAUUACAAACUGUACUUCCAUGUAUUUCUGUGAGAGAAUCCACACAUCUGGCUAUGUAUGACUUUAAUGGAAAUUUUCAUGGUAAGACUCAUGCUCGCAUUUAGAAUAAAUGUGUUUUAGUGCUACUGACACUAAUGCGGUCAAACAGGUGAAAACCCUGAAACGAACCUCUCAGAGUAACUGCAGGUGUGUGAAUCACUGAUCUGGGAAUUCAGACAUACCAAAGACUAGAGUUCACGUUUGCUGUAGGUAUGUUUCCGAUUCACCUUUCAAUAGGAGUAAAUUCUUAUCACGCAAUGGAAAAAAAUACAUUUAUUGCAUAGGAUAAUUUUUAGAUAAUUAGGUAAUUUGCAGGAGAAAGCUGGUGGAAACCAAGGAAUUUGGUAACUGUAUAUGUCAGCUUUAUUUAUGGAAACGCACGUACCCACCACAGCAUGGAGUGCUAGGCAUCAUUGGCUCUUGUGAUUCGUCUGAGAUUUGAACAUGGUGGUAGUUUGAGUACUGAGAGUGUCUGUGGAGUAAUGCUGACUUGGUGAAUGUGUUUCUUAUUUGUAGGUCUCAGGUGUCUUAAAAGUACUUGUUGUACGACAUAUAGGCAAUUCACUUUGGCACAUGUAUAUUUUGAACAUUAAAGCAGACAGAUGAGUUUGGAAGGUAGAUCCCAGUUAAAGUGAAGCAAACGCAGUUUGUGCCACUUAAGUGAAAAUCCAAGGACAUGUGGACCUUACAGGUCCCAUAUGUACUGACUAAUUACACAUGAAGUAUGAAGCGAUCCCUUUCAAUCACCUUUCUGUUUGAAGGUUUUCACAGCUAAAGAAAUUUGUGUAGUAGUUUAAGAUGUAUGAUUUAGAUUAAUCAAGUUUCUUGCUAGUAAACUGUUCUGCCAGAUAGUUCAGGUUAAUGCAUCUUCUGCUGAAAUAGUAAUUAGUUACUUUUGCAGUUAUGCUUCAUCAAGCUGCCGAAAUGUAUGAAUAUGCAAACCUUUAGCUAGAUAGCUCUGAAUAUGCGUGUGGUAGCUUGUUUGGUGUUCUCUCCACAGGUAGCAGCAAUUAGAAAUUGAUAAAUGACAUUAUAUACUAAGGUGUUAUGACAGAGACAGUACAGUGUGUCCACAUGGAAUGCUACUCAAAAUUUUAAUUUGUCUGGAAGUAUUUUUAUUGAAUAUGGUCCCAUAAUAGAAGUAGCUUGCCAAUGUUGGAAGUGUGUUCAUGUUCUGUAAAGGUCAGUAGGCCUAUGCAUGCUGUUGCAUCGUGUCCUCUCUAUGCAGUCUGCAAAUCAUAUUUAUAUUCACCCAGUUGGACUUUGUGUGAUUUAUACUUUUUGGUCCUAAUGAAUAAAUACUGUAUUGUCCAGGGACAUGAACUUUAUCAUGUUUCCACUAUUUUUUGUUAGUAAGAACUAUGUUAUAUAAAUAGAAACACUUUUGUAAAAAGUGAUUGCUGAUCCAUGAUGUGUACGAGACUUGUGAGGUGUCUGACGAGUAGCUGCAGAAAGCGUCUUGUUUUUGUUGCAUUAUGAACAAUAGCAUGAUGUGAGGUGAGUCUCUCUCUCGUACUUUCAUUUUUUUUUUUUUAGGAUGCCCAGAUAUUUUUUGCAGUGCAGCUCUGGGGAACAGAAAAUGGAAUAAUAUUAAUUCCCACCAUAUUAACAUCUGGCAAUUAUCCAAGUGUAAAAAAAGAACUGGGAACUAUAAACGGUCCCUUUUCCUAUUAAAAUAACAAAAUGUGAAA